AUGGCUUACCUGCUCCGCUCUGUUUCUGUUUUUAAUCCUGUCCUUUCAGGAAAGCCGAAGAUCUACCAAGGUGUCCGAGUCAAAAUUACAGUGAAGGAACUUCUGCAACAGAGGCGAGCCAAGCAGGCGGUGGUGGAGGAAGCCGUUUCUGGAGAAAGUUGUGGCAGCACAAUCCAGUUUGUGGAGCCUUUCUCCCCUCCUUGUGCAGCCCCUUACGUAGAUGCAGAGCUCAAAUCGUCUUCCUCCAGUUGCCAACAGCCAUGGCCAUUCCAGAGUUGCAUCACCUGUGAAGAGAUUCCCAGUUACCUGGAGCAGCUGGUCGACUCCUGUCUUCAAACCGAACCAGCCUUGGAUGCCUCUUUGGCUAUUGCUCAGGGCAACCUGCCUUGUUCACCUGACAGCUACCAGCCCGGUCCGCCUCCUUGCCUCAACCAAAGCCUGGGUACUGGAUCACCAGAUUCCUCAGAUCCCUCCAGCUCAUUCGAUUACAGCUACUCGCCAUCCCAGCUGCCUCCUUUUGCACCGAUCAGUUACAACAAUUCUCCUUCUCCUUUGGAGGCCAAGAGCUGUAUGUAUCCGUCAUCAGAGGGAAGCCCCUACCUCCAGCCUUCCCAUGUACAGUACAACCAUGUCCCCUCGGCAUGCUGUUGCACAUCCUGUGGCUCCCAGCACUUGGACACUUUCAGAGUCUCUGAAUGUUUUCCCUACACAAACGCGGACUGUCGGGACUAUGUCCCUGCUGUCUCCAUGGCAGAUGAGUUCUUCCGAAGAGAUAGGAGCUGGGACACAUGCUACAGUUAAUGGGGAAGCAGCUGUCACAGCUGCUCUACCAAAAAUGUAUGGAGAUCCAUAGACUUGCGCUUGCCAUUUUCAGGGGCAAAAUCCUAAGAAGGUUAAAACAUCAUCAUUUGUACUGAGAUGGCCUUGGUUUGAGUUGAAAGGUGCAGGUUUCCAGCAUUUCACAGAGUUCCUCAUUGGGCAGAAAACAAAAGAGGGGCAAAAUUGGCCAGCUCUUUAUUUAGACAACAAUGGAUAUCCUACACACAGGGAUCCAAAUUCUGUGCUGGGAAAAGCCAGUUUCUACAAUUGGCACAAUUUACACAUAGUAGCUGAAAUCUUGCAUUGUGUGCCGUAAGCAUAACACUUAAUGGCUAGCAUCCUAUUAGUGACGUAUGCAGCCAUACAUCUUGCAGAAAUUGGUAUUCUCUUCUUUCCCCCAUAAUGUCCAAAGCCACCCCUGGACUUCUGUUGUGCUGUGCUAGUCUUCCAACACCACCUUAAUAGACUUAGUGCUGGUGUCAUCAUUUUGCAUCUGACUAUGGAAACAUAGCCAAAUGCAUCUAUGAUCCUGCCUGCUCCCCAUGAAGUACAGAAUGGUUGUUUAGGGCUGCUCAGCAAACUGCAGAGAGGGUUUAUGGCUCAGUCUAAUUUUGGUCUGCAUGUGGACCUUUACACCACAUGGGGGGGGGGGGGAUAUCAGAUUGUAGCCAAAGCCUGGUAGCCUGUUAGUGGCAUACACAGCCAUAAGUCCACUUUAUGCAUGUGUCUGUCUUUUUUGCAUUAUUGCAGAGACUGGUAUUCCCUUCCUCCUUUGGGAAAGUCCAAAGCCACCACAGGACUCACUGUUGCACUGCAGCAGCCAUCUAACCAUCACAUCCACUCCAUUGCUGAUGGAAAGCAGAGGGAUCUGGCUGUGUCCUUGUAGCCAGAGGCAAAUGGAUGACAGAUUCAAAGAUCCACAAUGGAUCUUUGCAGAAGAUGUCCUCAGACUGUGAUCUCUUCUACUCUCCAAAAGCAUCAGAAGGGCUGGGUGGACCAGGUGGGCUAUCACACUGCACCAGUGAAUUCUGGAGGUGGAGACUUAGGAAGCUGUAGCAGAAUCCCACAUGUGGAACUAUUACUCUACUCUCAACCAUCUAGGCUCUUGGUUCAUAUAUGCAGCCCCAUGCCUCCACUCUCCCCUAGGUAGCCAUUAAAUUGGGCUUGGCAGCUACCUAGGGGAGAGUGCAGGCAUGGGACUGCAUAUAUGAACCAAGAGCGCCCAGAAGCCUUAGCCAUCUUGGCCAAUGGUUUUGGGAUUCUGGGAGCAGAAGUCCAAAACACCUGGAAGGUCAGAGUUUGCAAAACAUUGGGCUAGAGAAUAGCCCCUUCCUUGUGCCCCAUCCAAAAAGAGACACAAGGACCAUAAUCUCAAGUGACACCUAGUCACUAGCAAGAUACCAGCUAAUAUCUUCCUGUUUGGCAUAAUUUAUUCUGCCUCUUUUGACUGACUGCAUGAGCAAAGAGCUCAGCAAGGCACAGUGGUUCCCUUCCUUCCCUGAUUUCUUUAUCCAGCAUAAUACUGUUGGCGAUUGUAAUAUUCAAGCCGCAUCCACGCAUGUGCAAGCAUAACUCCUCAAUCACAAGGGAAACAACUGUCCUUGAAAAAUGGAAACAAAAAGGAAAUCGCCAGAAGCACAUUCUGCAGUAAGUCUGUGCUUGACUGGUAUCAUGGCAUACACAUAACAUAUAGCGCCGUUAUUUGUAACGAACAGCAUUACUUGGUUGUUUUACACUCACUUGCUAUUCACCUAGCAUGCUGCAUAGACCCAAAUUGUCUCCCUUCCCACACUGCUGGAUGAAGAAGUCUGUGAAACCUGAAAACUUGCAUAUAAUGAAGAAGACACACACACACACACACACACCAACAUCUAUGCGCUUCUGCUCUGAUCAGAUAAGCAACUGUAUUGCCUCUGCAAAUCUAUGAGUCUCCUUAAUCUGAAUUUUGCCUUCUUCCGAUGUUAUUUUCUGUGCAUCAUUUAAGGGUGCAAACAUUUUAAAACCACAUCACACAAUUUCUUCUGCCAUUCUGUCAACUUGUAUAUUUAGGAUUCCAAUAAACAAAUACCAGUCAA